AUGUCAUCUUCUGCUCCUCGCACAGGCGAGCGCAUGGUUCACCAGGACUUCAUCGCACGCAUCCGAUUCUCCAAUGCGCUCCCUCCACCACCCCAUCCUCCUAAGCUGCUCGACAUACCUAAUACCGGCCUUGCUAGCGGUCAAUAUACGACGCCGGGCUUUGCUUCGCGCCUUGCAAGGGAGCAGCCGCUCAAUAUUGAGGCAGAUGCUGAACUGGGAAUGCCCCUUGACUUGGUCGGCAUGCCUGGUGUUUUCGAUGGCGACGAACGAUCUAUUCAGGCCCCUCCUCAUCCACCCGCUCUUCAUCCUCAUGAUCGACCCCUUCUAAGACCCAUCGCCGCUCUGGGAAAACACAAGGUCGCAGAAGCCAAUGUUUCCUUCCUUCGCCGGACAGAAUACAUAUCUUCCACGGUCUCAAAGCGACAAGAUGGUGCUGCACCCCGUGCUCUACUCACUAAAGCCAACAAGAAUCGACGCAUCCCGGAGCCUGCAGCCGAUGCUCCUCACGUCAUUAAGCGAAAGAUUGACAAGGGCUUCGAUAUUGCUGAGCAGGAAUUCAAAGACCCCAAACGCGCCAAACACCCAAGCAAAAGAAAUCUCAAGGUUGUCGAUGUGUCGCCUUUCAUCCCAGAUCUUGAGGCUUUCCCCGACUCGGGCGCGUACGUUACGAUCAAAUUUCACCAGAACCCUGUGGUCAGCACCAAGGAUUAUGACAGACGUCUCCUCAGUGGUUUGUUCCGGCCCAUUGAUCGGACCGCCGAGGAGGAGGAGGCGUACGAGGCAGCUGUGGCAGCUCACGAGCAAGAUCCUGAAAACAACCCCAAGCCUCAGAACUGGAUGAAUUUUGACUAUUACUUGGCGGCAACUCCUGACGUGGGGGAUCGUUUCCGUCGCAAGUUCGAUGUCGAGGAUGCCGACCACAACGAGGACGAACUCUACACUCAUGACUCCGUCAAUGGCGGAUGCUUCCAAUACAACCGGCUCAGAGCGUACGAGACAGCUCAGGAGACCAAUUACGACCAUGAGACCAAGUUCGACGCAGAAGUUCUCCUGGCUUACAACGAAGACACUUUCUAUCCCAACCAGAAGGCCGUAUACUACUAUCCUGUUAUGCAAAAAUCUGUGAUUCGACCCCAGCGAACAAAGAACAUUGCGCGAAACAUUGGUAUUACCGAUGAGGAGCAAGUUGUUGACCAGCUCGACGUCACCGUCGAAGAUCCAAGAGAGGAUAUCCGCGACAUGAUCAAGACACAUCGCGAUCACCCCCUCGGCACUGGACAGGCCGAUGAGGAAGAAGGAAAUGAGGAGGAGCACCACGACGGCCAGGAUGCUGAAGGCGAGGAAGAAGGAGAACACCACAGUCCAGCAGCCCGUCGUUCGAGGUCGGCCUCUGAAGAACAUGAUGCGGAAGGAGAAGACGAGGAGUAA